AAUGUUUACUAUGAUAUGGGUCAGGCACUCUUUAAUUUAUAUGUCAUUAGUUCGUUUAAUCCGCACAGUAGCCCUCUGAGUAGACACUGUUUACCUCUGUUUUAUAAAUACUGGGGGGAUUUGUCUCUUUCCCAGGUCACGCCAGUACCUAGUGAAGCCAGAAUUCAAACGAAGGUCUGUCUCCAGGAACUGAAUUGGAAUCCAACUUUUGAGACAGAUUGGUACUGGAUGAACGAGUACACCUCCUCCAUUGGGAUUGGAGUUUUUCAUUCAGGAAUUGAAGUGUAUGGCAGAGAAUUUGCUUAUGGUGGCCAUCCUUACCCCUUUUCUGGAAUAUUUGAAAUUUCCCCAGGAAAAGCUUCUGAACUAGGAGAGACGUUUAAAUUUAAAGAAUCUGUUGUUUUAGGGAGCACGGACUUCCUAGAAGAUGAGAUAGAAAAGAUUGUAGAGGAACUGGGAAAGGAAUACAAAGGCAAUGCCUACCACUUAAUGCACAAAAACUGCAAUCACUUUUCUUCAGCUUUAUCAGAGAUUCUCUGUGGGAAAGAGAUUCCUCGCUGGAUCAACCGCCUUGCCUACUUCAGCUCCUGUAUCCCCUUUCUGCAGAGUUGCCUCCCGAAGGAGUGGCUCACGCCCGCAGCCCUGCAGUCCAGUGUGAGCCAGGAGCUCCAGGGCGAACUGGAGGAGGCCGAGGAUGCUGUCGCCUCGGCCGCCACGGCCGCCGGCUCCCGGCCCGGGCGCCACACUAAACUCUAAAGGUCUCCAAAGCCACACGCAGCACUGUCCGGCGGUUGAGUGUCACUAGCGAGAAGUGAGGAGGAAGCGUCCUGUGACGCGAAUGCACAGCUGGCUCUCCCAUCCCGUCUCACAGCUCAGGAUUCCAUUUGUACAACCAGCCACGCGGCGCAGGGGGAACUGCGUGAGCGCCCUCUGGUUUUUUACCCACUUGUAAAUGCAGGUUUUCUUCUGUUUUCUACGACUCUGUUAAGUUAUGUUUACAGUAUUUUGUAUCGCUGUUUACAGACCUUGCAUGGACUCCUGCCACCAUAAAAGGAAAAUCUCCAUGUCUUCACUGUCAGGCAGGCAAUCUCUGUACACUUCCGACAAUUGCCAGCUCUGGCGUCAAUCAUAGGCACACACAGAGACCAGCGGCCGUGGGCAUCGCCUGCUUGAGACUGAGGUUUGUGUGUUUCUGUGGAGGUUUUGGCACAGGAGGCAGAGAGCGGAGGAGCACACACAGCCGAGGGCUGGGGGCCUGGUCUGCUGAGAGGGAGCCCCUCCGCCUCCUCCCUCCCUCCCUCCCUCCGGGCGGCACAGCUCCCCUGGUUCCUCCCAACACCCUCCCCAGCGGAGGCACGCGCCUCGCCUCUGUCCGGCUGGCUUUGCUGCCUCUGACUGGAACUAAGAUGUUUUUUGUUAAAGUAACUGACAAGUGGUUUUGCACACGUGUUGGGAGCUUCAUUUUUCUUUAACACGCUGACGGCCUCCCUGCACAGGAGUUUGUGGGCGAGUAGGGACAUCCUAAACGGUAGCCUUCCGAGCAGCAGGACGAGUUGACGUUCAACUGCGUGUAGCUAUCCAGGCUGCCUUUAUACUAGACCUUGAAAACAGGUUAAAGCAACACACUCCAAAAAGCUGAUUCUUGGAUGUUUCAGGCGAUUUAGUACCACAUCAGGGAGAGUAAGUUGUUAGUUUGUUAUGGGAGUAGUUUCGUCUCAUUGACCUCUCGUUUGAAGUCACACUUGUGUAUCUUUAAGUUCCUUUUUUUCUGUUCUCUCAAAUGUAUGUCUCUUACGUCACACUCUCUAAGGAUGGAACUGUCACACAGAUAAGUCCUCAUUAGCAAGGAAUCUGUCAGCUCGAGUCUACUCCCCGUUUGGCCCCUGGAUGUAAGAGCCACGUCAUUACAUGUCACAUUCAAUUUUUCUGCCUUAAGAAUGAAUGUCCUACGUAAGACUGGAUGCCGUAUAUACCGUACCCAAGGCAGUGACUUCCACUUUCUACACGUUGUUAGUUUAAAGUCAUCUCUUAUUUCAGCGUCUAGACUGGAUUGUUAGUGCUACUACUCUUUGUAAAGAUACAUAUCUUUCAGUAAACUACAUUUUUAACUUUUCCAUAAGCUGAUUUUGAUUCAUUUUAUCAACUUAAGCACACCCCCUUCAUAGGGAAAAUAAACCUCGAGUGCUAAGCAUUGACCUGAGGAAAAGGAAGCCACGUAACGUACUUACGCUUUUGGCUGCUUCUGGGAGGAAAGCCGUCACGGUCACUCCCACUCUUGGGCACAGAGCACUUGAUACAAGAGCUGUGGCAGGAGGAAUGUUGGAGUUUCAUGGAAAGGCGACUUGGUUCAGGUCUAACAGGUUAGAAUAAAACACUAAGAGUCAAGCAGUGGAUUUGUUCAUUGAACCAAGAGUCCUGUCCCCACACCCAGGUAGGGGAAGCCCGCGGUGCAUUUCCUUGGGCCUUCUAACUCAUUCAGACUCACGGGGCUCACUCCAGGCUAGUGGCCAGCACCGGGCCCUUCCCAUCCGCUCGUCCAGAGCCCAGCACACAAGCGACUAUUAUUUUGUUGUAUUUACUUUAAUCUGCAGCCGUUGGAGUUUAAGAACAGUCAAGGGCCCUAGCUCCAGAAGUACAGGUGGCUCAAGGCUGGUCAUAGUAACAGUCAGGUGGAAUUCUGGACGGGAGGUGAUCACGAUCUAAUUGGACUCAAGGUUGAGAAGUCAAGGUCUUUACUUUUGAGAAUCCAUGGGAGCCGGUUCCUCCUCUACAGCCCAGCGUGCGCCUGGGUUUAUUAACUGGCACUUACCGCCUUUCCUCGCCCUGGGCGGGGAGGGAUCGUGCUCCCCACCUGACCUGGUUAGACAUCUGGCCAUGGAGAUGCUGAGAGGAUGGAGGCCGAGUGAGCCCGUCUCCUGGUCCGCGGGCCAGUAACAGCGAUGUAGGGUCAGAGGCUGCCGGGUUCUGCCGGUUCCCGCCCAGGGGUGUUUUCUCCUUCAGGGGUUCUCCUUCAGGGGCCUGAGCGUCGGGGUGUGGCCUGUGGAGUCCAGGGGGGGUGGUGCCUGGGAUCCAGCCCACGCGCUCCGCCCACUGCAAUAGCGUUACCUUCACCAGCACCGGCACCGAGCAGGGUCCUGGGUCCACCCGCGGGUAGCACCACUCCCGCUUCCGAUUCUGUUCUGUCUGACGUUCCGGCGGUGGGUUCGGCGGGGAGGGCGGGGCUUGUGCCGCAGCGGCGCCCCCCCCCUGCGUGGAGCUCGUUAGUGGACGGUCCGCCGGGUCCGGAGGCGUCUCCACGGGCGGAAAGCUGUCCGGCUGUUGUCUUCAUGACCCUGAAGAUGGUUUCUUGUGACGUUGAAUGCACAUGUACUGUCAUUCAUAGUGUUUCUAUACCAACACCAGGAGUCUUCACUUUUGCUACCUUGAUACAGCACUGGGCUAUCAUGUUAACAUUGAAAUACAUCAAUUUAUUAAAAAAUACUUUUGUAA